AUCUUCGAUCCUACACAUUUUGUACUUCGUCCAACUAAAGAGCUGAAACAGCCGCAGCAAUGACAUAAAAUGAUAAACACAGUCUAUGUGCAGCCACCAGCUUUGCUUGCCACAUGCCCCACAACGCUGACCGCUCAAUUGUGUACAAAUUCACUUAAUUAAUUAAUUAAGCAACACCCACACGACUCCAAAGAUGGGGCGCUGUUUUAAUCACAAAUUUGUGCUCAACUUUUGCAAUUUUUUAUUUUUGCUCUGUGGCACGCUGCUGAUUGUGGCUGGCUGCUAUCUCUAUACGGACAACAAGCGCAUUCUGCUCUCCCGCCUUCUGGCCGCGCCCAGCGAGCAGCUCAGUUCGCUGCCCCAGCCGCUGCUCUACUACAUUGCCUUGGGCCUGGCCGUAGCCGGAUUUGUGGCCGUGCUGGCCUCCGUGCUGGGCUUCUGGGCCAGCUGCCUGCACACCUAUUGCUUCCUGAGUGUCUACUUUUUGAGCGUGGUGGUGCUGCUCUUGGCCGAGUCGAUCAUCUGCUUGGCCAUCACCCUCUGGCCGCACUGCCUGGGCAUUAGCCUGGACGAGGGGCAGAUGGUGAAGGCAUUGCAGCGCAAUUACGGCGUGCCCGGCCAGGAGCAGUUCACCAAUGCCAUGGACCUGGCCCAGACCCGCUUCGGCUGCUGCGGCAUGCGCAGUUCGCUCGACUACGACACCUCGCUGUGGCGCCUCCAGAGCUAUGGCCAACGCAAUUGGCCAGUGCCCCUGAGCUGCUGCGUUCUGGCCAAUGCACCACAGCCAUUGGCCUUCCUCGACCCCAAGCCCGCCAACGAGACGCAGUGCCAGGCACUGGAGCGCUCUGUGUACGAGCGGGAGCGCUACACCGAGUCCUGUCUGGUGCAUCUGGACAGUUGGUAUCGGGAGCAGUACGGCAUAUUUCUAGCUGCCAGCUUGGUCCUGGCCUUGGUGGAGUUCAGUGUUCUGCUGGGCAUCAUACUCACCUGCACGGGCAUUGCUUCGCGGAAGGCCAGACUCGACAGCUCUCUAUCCUCACAGACCUUCAGCCAGAAGGGCAGAAGACGCCCCACGGCCAAAUCACGCCAGGCCUUAGUUGACAACAUCUACGAGUCGGAGGUGCAGCUCCGUGGCCAGGGCGCGGGCACCUGCCUGGGCCAGUCAUCGAGCCGGCAUGUGAGCAGCGAGGACUUUAAGGAACUGUACGUCCAGCCCAGGGAUCUGUACAAGCAGCGCCAUAACACGACCUUCAAGCCCAUAGCCAGCGACUACCAGACGCCCACGAGAAGCUACUUGGUGUAGA